UUCCAGUAAAGUCAGCUGUUCGCUUGGCAUUUAUUUGUUUUGAUUUGUUCCGGCGUGUUGUCGAGCUCCUAUAUAUAGACACUUUUUGCCGGGAACUAAAAUGGGCAAGGUGAAGAAGCAGGUGCGUGAGUUCCAGGCCGCCAAGAAGGCGGAAAAGGACACAAAUGACCAGCUGGACACGUGGAACGAUGCCUACACGAGCGGUGCCUUCAGCUACCUGAGAUUUCUGGUCCACCUGCUGGCGGCGGCUCAGUUCUGGUAUGGGAUGUACUACCACUAUUUCCGGGUUCACUGGCCCUCGGAUCUGCGCGACGAGGAGGAACUGAAGGCGCGCUGGGGUGGCAAGUUCAAGUAUCUCACCUUCCUGGACGUCAUUCUGCAGGCCAUUUACCAUUCCUUGGCCCUCUUGAAUGACAUCUUUGGCAGUAAUGCCGUCUCCCUGAAGUCGAGAUCCAAGUUGAGAUCCAUCCGGGAUUAUAUAUUCGCCGCCUUCGCCUUUCCGGUGGCCCACAAUGUGUGCCUGUCGUUCUGGGUCAUCUACGUGUGGGAUCGUGAGCUCAUCUUUCCCUCGGCAUUGGAUGCUAUUUUCCCCAGCUGGCUGAAUCACGUUGUGCACACCAACGUCGCCCUCUUGGCCAUCAUGGAUCUGUUUACCUGCUUCCGUCGCUAUCCGAGUCGCCUGGCAGGAGUCACCGGCAACAUGGCCUUCAUCAUUCUCUACAUCAUUUGGCUGCACAUAGUCCGAUACUUCAGCGGUGAAUGGGUCUAUCCCAUACUAGAGGUGUUGCCCCUGCCACUCCGCUACCUGUUCUUGGCUCUCCUUGUGGGCUUCAAUCUGGUGUGUUACUUUUUGGGCGAGUUUGUGAACAACAUUGUUUGGAAACCGGAACACAAGCUGCUUGAGCAGCAAAAGGUCAAGCAGGGUUAAGGGAUUUAAAAUCAAUUUAUUAGUUACACAAAAAAUAUGAGAUAUUUUGUAAACUUGUAGGCACUUUUCGAGGUACGAUCCCCAAUAUGGCCAGAGAGGCUAUAAACCGUCGUACACUUUGUAUUAUCUUAGAGUCUAGGAUUUAAGGAAACAGUCACACAGAUACACAUGGAGAUUACAAACUAAAUGGGAGGGUAUUUCAAUUUAUAAAAAUAUCAUUCGCGGUCUAGUGUCUAUGAGUAUUCGUAAUUCGUAGCUGUCGUAACGUAGUUUUUUGCUUAUUUGCUCAAUAAAACAACUAAGGGGAAA